CUUUGCAUCUGGAUCAGGUUUCGGCGAGGCCCCUCGCCUUCUCCACGAGCUACCCCCGUCGUAGAAGGUGUUCUUUCGCAUCGUCACGACAGAAAACCACACAUUCUCGCUGACUGGGAAGUCGAGUCGAGGGGAUGGAUUCUCUGCUCUGGGCCCGCCGUUAUUCUCACCCCUCUGUCUAUGUCAUUGAUUCGCGCAAGCGCCCUGGUCAUUUCUCGCAGAUCCGCCCUGCAUCUCCUCGACCACACCCCCCCCUGCACCAACCCAACCCUGUGCUCGAGUCCGCUCUGGAACAAGUGGCCAAGCGGACUGACCAGGGCCCGGAACGGCGUGCUAAAAACAGUCUCAACCCACUUUCUGCAUCUCCCCCGUCUGAGCAAAAGCGCCAGCCAGCCAGCCUUGUCCGAGUGCGUCGAUUCCGGUGGUGUGGGCAGCACGCUUCCUCCUGGCUUGUGAACAUGGUCAGCAAGGAUGGUUUUGCUGCUCCCCUGCCGGUCUCUGCUCACCACCUCAAAUUCCCGGUAUCCUGGUCUCAUCUUGGCAAUGUCCCCGGGAGCCAUGCAUCUCGAGUUCCUCCUUCGCACACACUCCUUCCGGCAGGCUCCUUCCCGUGGCCGCCUUCCACUGAUCAACAAGCCCUGAGCGUUUCGGUGGUCUGUUUACUCGCCCGGUUUCCCGUCUCGAGUCUCCCGGGACCCUCUCGCUGCUCGAACCUCCAGACCCUGGCGUCAAUCUUUUCUGAUACGCGCUGCUUUCAAAUGAAAUAGCUCAGGGUACCUCAAGACACCCUCUUGCUCCACAUUGUUUCCGCUCGCUUGCUUGCCUAAACGGUAAACGAUCAAACUGGUCUACAAAUCGUUGG